CUUAUCGUUUCGAAAAGGCUCAAAUCGCAAUAUUUGUUGCUGUUAUUUUUUUGAAGUGCGACCUCUAGCGUUAUAGCGUUGGGCUAGUACAUAAACAACAUGGCUCCUCCACGUGGGAAAAAACGUUCGAGCGAGCCCGCGGGAAACUCUGAGAAUGACGGAGGGCAAUCAACUAAAACUGAAGUGCCAACCGUCAAGAAGUUGAAGAAGGGAAAAGCGGAGUCGGAGAAAUUGCCUUCUGGUAAAAUGCGAGUUGUGAUUGAGCACUGUCGUUCCUGACGCGUGUACGGCCGCAAUGCCGAUCAGAUUAUUGAGGCAUUGCAGUCGGAGUUCCCCGAUAUCGGUGCAGAGAAGAACCCAACGAAGCCUCGCUCCAAGAGCUUUGAGAUAUCUCUCUUUAAAGAGGAUGGGUCUGAAGUUCUUCUCUGGACUGGUGUCAAGAAGGGACCUCCACGUAAGUUGAAGUUUCCAGAGUCUUCUGUUGUGAUUGAAGUGUUCAAGAAAGCCUUGUAGACUUUGAUUACACUAAACAGUCAUCUCAGCCACUAGAGAGUUAAAAGUUUGGCGUACCAGCAGAGGACCACAAUAAGCGCUAAUGACAGAUGGUGACUCAAGAAGCCCUAGGCUUAGGUUAUUAUCUUGAGAAAGAAAUGCUUUUGAGUGCUCUGGUGGGACACCAUUAAGACAUUUUCAGUGGACUGUGACUAUGCAGAAAUACCAGCAUUUUGUAUUUAAAAGUUAACCAUUAAACCUCAAGCUAUGCAAGGUUCCUCUAUUUGUAAACAAGGGUUAAAGAAAUUUGCUAUACUGUUGAUAAUUGGGGACAAUGUGGGAGGUAACCGGAUCAAGUGCAAAAUACCCAACCUAAUUGUGGGUAUUGAUUCAUCAUUGAAAACACUGACUUAUAAAAAAUAAGGUUUUCACCUUGAUCGUAAAGUUUAAACAGUUUGAAAAUCUCUUACUCUUUAUAAAGACAGUUUAAUCUGUGAUAAAAGUCGUACAAUUAUUAUAAUCUUUGUUGACUAUAAGUAUUUUAUUAACGUUUCCUUUUAACACAUACCCGCUUAAAACAAUCCUUGACUGUAUAACAAGGUCAAGGUGUUCAGUAUUAAAACAGAUUAUUAGUUUUUGAA